UGUUCUGUCUCUCUAUCACAGCACUUCACCAGCCAUAACUCAGCUGUGAAUCUGCUGCUCUAAAUUACGCGAAUGUUUUAGAAUUACUUAGUUAGUUGCGAAAUAAACUUAUUGCUCUCCCCCAUGUGUGUUGAGAAAUUUAAAAAGUUACAGUUUGUGAAGAUGUAGAUUAGUAAUAAACCAAAAAUCACUACAAAUAAUCACAGAGAUUACCAGGCCUAGAUUAAUGCAAACAUUUUGACUUUGAAAGACUUUUACACUCCAAGGCUUACACAGUGUGAAUUCUAGCUGUAAAUAAAUUUUAACCUGAAGGAAUGCCAGACAUUAAAAACCCAGAGGCAAUAGAUGGAAACAGUGCAAGUGAACAAAAUGAACAUUCGAUUAACGGAACAAACCACACUUCAAACAGCGACCACGAGUGUGCAGUAACUAAACCUCAAAAUGGCGCCAACAUUCUAUCACGGAAACCCAGUGACUCUUCCUCCAUUUCUUCCUCCCCUGGUGAGUCUAGAGCAGCCUCUCCAGUAAGUUCUCGAAAAAAAUAUGUCUCGCUUAUUGAGAGGAUUCGAAAGAGAAUACAGGGCAAGACACCGUUUUUUUCUUUGGAGUUCUUCCCUCCUCGCACACAGAGUGGAGCAAUGAAUCUUAUAUCUAGAUUUGAGCGUCUGUCUGAGGGUCAUCCUCUGUUUUGUGACAUAACAUGGCACCCAGCUGGUGACCCAAGCAACACAGAAAAACCCACCAGCUCGACGUGUAUGGCUGGGGUCAUGUUGAACUAUUGCGGCAUAGAGACCAUGCUCCAUAUGACUUGUGUGGGAAUGAGCACAGACACAAUCAAAGAGAACUUACACAAGGCAAAGGAUUUGGGGAUCAGGAGCAUUUUGGCCUUGAGGGGAGAUCUUCCUGAAGGAGAUGAUCACUGGAAGGAAACAGAAGGUGGAAUCAACUAUGCAACUGAUCUUGUGAAACUCAUAAAAGAGGAGUUUGGCGAUCAUUUUGUCAUUUGCGUUGCUGGUUACCCAGCAGGACACCCUGAUUGUAGGUCCUACCACGAGGACCUUCAACACCUGAAAGAAAAAGUUGACGCUGGCGCUGAUUUUAUCAUAACUCAACUUUUCUUCAAACCAGAAACUUUUUUGAAUUAUGUGAAAGACUGUAGAAAGCUGGGUAUCAACGUGCCAAUCUUACCUGGGAUUUUACCUAUACAGGCCUACCAGUCCCUGCGCCAUAUUGUUAAGUUGUCCAAACUGGAAGUGCCCCUGGAGAUAAUCACUGCCAUUUCUCCAAUCAAAGACAAUGAUGAGGCGAUUCGAAAGUUUGGCAUUGACCAUUCUGUGGAUAUGUGUCGGGCUUUACUCAAGUCAGGUAUUGUCCCUGGUCUGCAUUUCUACACCUUGAACAGAGAAGUGGCAGUCAAGGAGGUUCUCAAGCAGUUAGGCUUGUGGAAUGAGAAAGCUCCUCGCACACUUCCCUGGAAAAAAAGUGCCAAUCAUGCCAGAUGUGAUGAAGAUGUGCGCCCAAUAUUCUGGAGAUGUCGGCCUAACAGCUAUGUCUACCGCACAUCAGAAUGGGAUGAGUUUCCCAAUGGCCGCUGGGGUGACUCCAGGGCAGCGUCUUUCAAUGACUUGAAGUAUUAUCAUCUGUUUUACUUAAAGAGCCAGUCCCCAAAGGAGGAGCUGCUUCAAAUGUGGGGCGAGGAACUGACUUGUGAAGAAGACGUCUGGUCAGUGUUUGUCAACUACUUAACUGGACAGCCCAACAAACAGGGGGUGAAGGUUAAAAGAAUUCCCUGGGAUGAUGAUGAGAUUGUCGCUGAAACUUCCCUGAUUGCUGACAAGUUGGCCUGCAUCAAUAAACGAGGAGUUCUGACCAUUAACUCACAGCCUAGAGUUAAUGGUGCUUCAUCAACAGACCCCAUUGUAGGCUGGGGAAGUCCCAAUGGCUAUAUUUAUCAAAAGGCCUACUUGGAGUUUUUCACUUCUAAAGAAAGUGUGGACGCACUGAAACAUAUUCUGCCAAGAUAUCCAUUAGUCAACUAUCACAUUAUCAACCAUUCAGGUGCAGCUGACUAUACCAACUGUGAUGAACACCAACCUAUUGCUGUCACUUGGGGAGUUUUUCCUGGCAAAGAAAUCCUUCAACCAACUGUAGUGGAUCCUGAGGCUUUUAAGACUUGGAAGGAUGAAGCCUUUGCUCUAUGGCUUGAGACCUGGGGCUCAUUGUAUCCUGCUGAGUCCAAGUCAAGAGAAGUCUUGCAGCACAUCCAUGACAACUACUAUCUGAUCAAUCUGGUGGACAAUGAGUACCCCAAGGAGACAGUGCUCUGGGACAUAGUAGAAGAGAUGCUGAAAAUGGCUGGACGAACUGGACCAGAACAAGUUUCCUGUGAGGCCUCCACAUGACUCUUGACAGAUUGAAGGUGUAGGGAUACAGGAACACUUUCUGGGGUUUUAUUGCAUACAUUGUGAUAGAUCUUAUCUAUGAUCAAAUGACAAGUUUGUAUUUUGUGACAUUAUUUUUCUCACAUCUUUUGAACUUACAUGACAUGACACUGUUAUAUUGUCAUAGCCUGACACUCUGUUGUUGGUAGGCGAGCAUUUGUUCAUCAAUCUGUUGGAUGUAAUCUGAUAGUUGUACAUUCUCCUAUCUUGAUUGAUAUUGUCAAACCUGUUCCAUUGAAGGUGAUAGAUCAAAUGUUUUUAGAUGCACAUAUGCAUUUGUGAGUAUAUAUUCUUGUUGUGUUUCAAAAUGUAUUCUUACUAUUUAACUGUGCCAGUAUUUUUUGUUCAUGAAAUUGUUUUAGCAUGAGGGAGGAGGCUUGGUUUAAAUGGCAAGGUACAUUUCUGCUUCCUUGGGAUUGAGAUAGAGGUUGAAUCCAGAGCUAGUGAGCAAUCUGGUCUGCUUAUUUUAAAUAAAAGUUUCUACUAGAGAUCUCUAGAAGGGAUUGUAAUGGACUUUUUUUUUUACUGACUUCAUAAAAAUAAUAUCUUAAUUAUUCAGCAGAAAAUUUGUUUUGCAACAAACUUUUACAAUGAAGCAAAUGAAAUGUACAUUCAUAUCUCAGUUUCUGACAUCAAAAAAGUUUUUUUUUUGUUCAAUAAAUUAAUUUUCAAGAAAUACAUGAGCCAUGACUUGUAUAAAUAUUGUUGAUCUGUGCAAUAGAAACAUUGUAAGACAUUAAUUACAUGAUCAAGAGUUGCCUCAUGAAACUUCCCUUAAUAGUGCAGGGUCCUUUACAUUAUAGAAAUGUCCAGCCCAGUUGAUACAACUUUUGAAUUGAACUCUAAAGCAUUGAAAAUGAGACAUUUUGUUUUGUUUGUUUGUUGCUGUCUUUCUGAAGCGGUUCUUCAGGUAUUUCCGCAUUCCAUCAAGAUUUUAAUAAAUUAAUGUUCAUGAAAAUUGUGAGCAUCCUCUUCUAACACUAGCUGAAAAGACCUAUCAUUAGAAUGAUAAAGUCUAGUAGAUCUAUGCAUUUGAUGAACCAGGAUUCUAUCUUUGGUAGGGGGGUGGGGCAUUAAGGGAGAGGUAAAAAAGUGUUCCAUUUUUUUUAAAUCUAACUUUCAUUAGUUACUAACUCUUUCUCUCCUGACUGAUGAUACCAACGUUGAUUCCACCAGAAUGUGGUAAAUAAUUACAGAGAGAAAGAGUUAAGAGCAAAAAAAUCCCACUAUACGUUUUAUAAAAGAGGUAUUGUCUGUUUUAAUUUUUUUUUUAUUGUAUAAUAAUAAUUUCUAGUUCUUAAUAUUCAGCUACUAACUGUGGAACUGGAAAAAUACAAACCCAAUACAAAGUAAUUGUGAGGCCAGAAGUUCACUCCCCUGCAAGGUUGGACAUCUUGUUUUUUUUUCUUUUUUUUUCAAAAUGUUCCAAUUUUUAUUCUGGUCAGAAAAAAAAUUCUGGUUCUGAUAAUGUCAGUUUAAAAAAACAACUAUGUAACUAUGUUCAUUUCAUAUAUGAGAAAAAUAACUUGAUUUGUACUUAAGUAUACAAAAUUGAAAGAACUUAAAUCUUUUUUUUUUUGUUUCUAACUAGUAAAUCACUGAAAUUUAGCCUGACCUUAGCUCAACAUUGUGAUUUACAUUGACUGCUUACUUUGAACUUUACUCAACAAUAUUUUGAAAUACAUUGCCAGUAUACAUUAAGAUGUGGGGGUGCUGGAAAUAUCUUUGAGAUCAAAAAAGGGGUCUGUAGCUACUUAAUGGUUUACGACCCCCUUUUUUUAUUUAUAUAUAGUUUGUUUUUUUCCUGCUGUGGUCUUUCAUUGAUUUUUGAAGACACUGGGUCUUAUGUGAGGUAGAAAUUAAAUCAGCCCCUAAGUCCAUCCUUUCAGUCACUGUUAAGUACAGACCAGACUGACCUUGAACUUGUGACUCAAAUGUUUGACAAAAUGUGAAGGAUGAGUACAUUUUCUUUUGUAUCACCGCACUGACCUAUGGAAGUAGUAUGUGAGAUAUGUCUUGUUAUGUGUGUAUACUGUAUCAAAUUUUAAGUUUUUUUUUUUGCAUUUCCAAUGAAAUGGCUCAUGAAUGUACAUGAAAAACACAUGUAUACAUGAAACCAACACAUGAUGUAUUUGACUUGAAAUACAUGAUAUAUUUGACAUGAAAUACAUGAUGCAUUUGGCAUGAAAUAUGUAUUAGACAUGAAAUAGUAUCAUCAUGAUACUUCCAUUCCUAGAAAAAAAAAAGGUCAAUAUCUUUAAACUAAGACUUUUCAAUCAGUGAAGUAUAACUAUGUUUUCAAUCAAAUUGUGUAUUAAUAAUAAUAAUAAUUUUAUUUAUAAAGCGCUGUUAGCAAACAAAAUGUAGGCUCAAGGCGCUGUAAUAACAUUACAAACACGACAGCUAAAAUGACAAUUAAUCUAAAAAAAAAGUUUUAAAUAGAUAGGUCUUAAUGUUCUUAAAAGGGGUGUAGCAUGUUGUCUGUCUGAGAUCAAUGGGUAGUGAGUUCCAAACCUUUGGUCCGUGCACUGAAAAAGCCCGCAGACCGUAGCUAAGACAAAACUUCGAACCAUUUUUGUUUAACCAUUUUUUUGCUUGUUAUAAAAAGUUUUAAGGAAUGGUUGAAUUAAUGUAAGCAUUUUACUCAAGUAUAGAGUCUGGAGUAUUUCACUAUCACAUGUGUGUGUCAGAUAGUCUCUGUGUCUCUCUCAAAGAUGUCAUUGAAACUGUGAAUUUUGUUUAAAAUGUAAAGACAUAUAUUUUUACUGAACAAUUUGUAUACAUUAUUUGACCUUGACCACAAAAUGUCUUUCUUUAAGAACUCUUGGGGUUGAAGAGUUCAACAUGAGGGUCACCAUUUGCAAUCUCUGUGUCUAUGUGAUUAUAAUAAACUUUUUUUUUUUAACCAAGA